CAUGUCGUUUAUGCGUCAAUAAUAGAGGUGGAGUGGGCUGUAACUUGCGUUGUGACAGCCUUAACAUGGGUGCUGUGUAUUGAAAUUUCUUGUGUAAUUAGAGGACACAAGGAGAACCCUAGGACAAUGGCGUCAAGUUCAAGUUUAGCCUCGAAACUGAAGAAGAAGGCCGUGAGGGUGAAGCAUCAAAAAGUGAAGUUGUUCAGGGCGAACGAACCCUUCCUCUCAGUGUUCAUGUGGGGGGUGAACCACACGAGCAGUGAGCUGAGCCACAUUAAUGUACCAGUGAUGCUGAUGCCUGAUGACUUUAAAGCCCAUUCCAAAGUUCGUGUGGAUAACCACCUCUUUAACAAAGAGAAUCUGCCUUCACACUUUAAAGUCAAAGAAUACUGUCCCAUUGUCUUCAGAAAUUUGAGAGAGAGAUUUGGCAUUGACGAUGUAGAUUUUCGGGAGUCAUUAACAAGGUCGAGACUUAUUGAAGUCCAGCGUUAUGGGGUCAUAGAAUUGGACAGGUCACAACCUGUGGCAAUAGACUCGCCAGGGAGAAGUGGUGCUCGGUUCUACAAUUCCUGUGACAAGAUGUACAUUGUGAAAACUCUAAUUAGUGAUGAAGUGGAACAAAUGCACGCCCUGCUCAAAGAAUACCACCCGUAUGUUGUGAAUCGUCACGGCAAGACAUUACUGCCACAGUACUUGGCCAUGUAUCGCCUCACCGUAGACAACAUAGAAACAUACUGUGUCGUAAUGAGAAACGUCUUUUCUACUUUCCUCCAAAUUCACAAGAAAUAUGACCUUAAAGGCUCAACAGUUGACCGUGAAGCAUCUGUCAAAGAGCUUGAGAAGGAUCUCCCAACUCUAAAGGAUAACGACUUUAUGAAGGAUGGUACAAAAAUAUAUAUUGGUGAGGAGGCAAAACUACAGCUUAUGGAAACACUUACAGCUGAUGUGGAGUUCCUGAUGAGGCUGCAUUUGAUGGAUUACUCGCUGCUUCUUGGAAUCCAUGAUAUAGCUCGAGCAGAGAUGGAGGGAGUUACUCAGAAUGAGUCUGAAGAAGAUGCGAUUGAGGAAGAAGAUGACGACGAGUGUAGUGGUGUACCGACUCCACCCGACUCGCCUAAUACGGCUGCGAGAGAACGAGCAACCAGUAAUGGAGCCAUUGAUCCUGAUGUUGAAAUAUAUGCUAUUGAGAGUAAUGAAAGUGCACCUCGUCGUGAAAUAUAUUUUAUGGCCCUCAUUGAUGUAUUAACCCAUUAUGGUGUUAAAAAGCAGGCAGCCAAAGCUGCAAAAACUGUCAAGUAUGGAUCAAAUGCAGAUGGCAUAUCUACAGUGGAACCUGAUCAGUAUGGGCGACGAUUUUUGGACUUCAUGUACCAGGCCAUUGUGUAGGAGUAGGUUAUGCAAGUGUAAAGUUUGUGGGUGUGAAGAGACCCUUAUAUCCUCAACUGUGUAGAUUUUCUUUGCUGAAACUUGUGUGAUCCAGAUAUAAAACCCUCACAUACAUAUAAUACCAGAUUUAUAUUAUCAGAAAUUAUUAACAUCAUUUGUUUACAUUUUUGAUAAUUAUUAAUAAUUUAUUAAUGUAUGUAAAAUAGGUUAACCCUGGAUGCAUGAGUAUUAAUAAAUAUUAUUUUUUCAAACAUUAGUUUCAUGAAAAACAUAUUGGGCAGAAAUGUUAAAUUAAAGUUGGUUAUUUAGUUUAAAAGAGGAUCAGAAUGUGAAAAUUGAUGAUCCGGCAUGUGAAAGUAUAGACGCACUUAAUAAUUGAUUCAAACUUGGAUUUGAUUAAACUUUCCUCUCAUAAUAGCUAUGCUGAAGUUAAGAAUAUUAAUUAUUGGAUGAAGUACUGAAGUUGAAUCAUUUACUGUAUUCAGUGUACAGAGUCGGUUCUUUCAGCUUUAUGAUACUGUACUAUCUUCAACCAUUCAUACCUCUGAGAUGUUAGGUCGAUCAUUUCGAGCUCAGAGUACUGUAUGUUUGGCUAGUCAUGUCAGUUUUGUUGAAAUGGUUCAACAUUAACAUUGUUGACAUUUCAUUAACAUUAACAAUAGUUAACAUUUCUAAAUGUUAACUAUUACAUUUGCUUGAUCAGUCUUAACAAAGUUUGUGAUUAUAAUGUUACCAGUAUUUGAGUCUUUAUGUUUUACUCUAUAUUUUAAUUCAAACCUUUUUUUUUAAUAAGUAGGAGAGAAUUUAUUGAUUUACAAAAGAACUGAUUUACAGUGAUUUCAAGAAUACUCACGUUAGGUUUUCGUCUUUGUCCUCAUUAAACAAUAAGGAAAUAAUUGCUAUAGUUGAAAUAGCCAUUGUUUUUCCCACAUUGAUUGUGCCUAUCUGCUCAGUUUUUUCAGUUUUAUGGGAAAAAUGUCAGUGAUUGGGAUGGUGAUCAUAAAAGAAAUAUAUAAUCUUUAUACUGGAUCCAGCCUUGAGAGCUCAAAGGAUAAAUGUUUUACAGGAAUUACGUUGGGAAGAGUAUCUGAACAUGUAGUCUUAGGAAUCUGUAUGUUUACAACUAAAGGGCUAAAAAGGUUUACAAUACAGUGUGUGGAAUUGUCAUGCUAGUCCAUUAAAAAUAUUGUAGUGAUGCAUUGCCCUGGGAAGAGUUAUAACAAAUUGUAGACUUGUCAGUUUGAUGUGCCUGCCCUCCUUAAAUUUUAAACGAUAUCCCCCCCUCUCUUUAGAUUUUAAAUACUGUACAGGCAAGUAAAAAUGUAUAUAAUCAGUAAGCUUAUCUUGAUUGAAAGCAUGCCUUAACAUUAAGAACAUCACGUUUGUAAAUAUAUCGAGCUGCCUUGUCACGGGCAGUGUAAGACAACAAGAGACUAAGAUGACAACUUAGAUAAUAUCUAAGAAGAGGGUACAUUUAUUUAGAGAAGGAGCAUAUGUCUAGGAUGAUGGUAUGUCUGAUUAGAUUUGGGGCACAUGUUUGGGUGGAAGUGUACAUCAAUGUAGAGAAGGGGGGCAUGUCUAGGAAUAAGAUACAUUUUUAUAGAGGAGGAACAUUUUCAGGAAGAAGGGUAUAUCUGUGUUAGAGAGUUGAAUUAGACUGUUUUGGUUUGAGUAGAAAAGUGGCAAAAUUCACUUGAAAUAUUGUUGAUCACUGAAUGUUGAGUAAUUCGGUAUUUUUUUUGACUGAUGGAUUAAAAACACUCGUAGGUAAAAGAAAUGGAAUUAAUGGAUAAAAUCAAACUUGGGGGUACUGUAUACUUAGUGACAAGUGUGUUAUCGAUAGAAGAACAUGAUAUUGAGAGGCAAUUGUUUAACUUAAAUAAGGCAGUGCAUGAACAGAGGAUGUACUGAUACCAGUUUUUGGGAAGGAUUUUCUACACAGUCACUCGUAGGCAGACAAAUGCUUAGCAGUCUUUUUAUUAUUUAGGUGAAUAUUGAUUUUCAUAUUAAAUAUGUUCAAAAGAUAGUGAUUUUUCAAUAAAAGGAGAAAACAAGCUUUAUAUAGAUAUUGAAAAUGCUUUGUUUCCCAGAGAAUAUAUUCAUUAUGUAUAGAAAUGUUUAAGGAACUUUCAGUUUCUUCAAAUAAGUUAAAUUUGUUUAGCUUGUGAUAUAUUUAAUUAUAAUAUGCAUUUACCUUAUAAAUUUCAAGAUUUGUUCCACUUAGUGUGCAUAUUUGAAGGAAUAGGUUAACUGUAGUAUGAUUUAUGUUUGAUUUGAAGGGGUAAUUGACCAUCAUUAUCUAAAGAAAAUAGAUAAAAUAUUAGUACAAUGGUCUACCAGCAUAUCAGGUGCUAAUUAAACCAUUAGGCAGUUUAUUAAAUUUUUAAAUAAACAAAAUUUAUGCCUAGAGCCUAAUAGCUUUUAGGCUUUAAUGUUUUCAAUUACUUUAAUCAUAAGGUUGGCUACUUUUCUGUUUCGUGUGAAAUUCAUCGCAUAAAACUUUUUUUUUUUUUUAACUGCCUCUGUAGUUUGUAACUGAGCUGUAGACAUAGUAUUGCUAAAACUAAUCAAGUGUACUUAAGGAGUCGAUGUAAAUUUUAUUGAAUAUUCCUUGCAUUUGAAGAAGAUAUUUCAGUAAUACUGUCAUAGAUGGGUGGUAUAUGUAGUGAAAAGAACUCUUCAGGUUGUCUGGAUACGAAUCUCAUGGGUGAAAGUCAAUUGGGCAAGAGACUUUAGAGAAAGAGAUAAGUAAUUUAUAAAAGGGUAAUUAUGAGACCUCUCUUAAAUAAUUUUAGGCUUGGUCUCCAUGUGACUGUGUUGACUUUGACUGUAUUGGUUAGUAUGUGUGAUGCUGUCGGUUAUCACUUCCAUAAUUGACUGUAUAUAGGGCACCUAAACUCUAUUAUUAUUAUUAUACAUUAAGUCUCAGUGUUGUUUAUUCAUGCAUUAAGACUAUUUUAUUGACUUUUUUUUGUGCAAUAGAAGAGUAAAGUACUUUACUCACUAUUUAAUAGAAAUUUAGAAAUUUAAUAAGUUAAUUGGAUCAGGAACGACAAUAUUGAAUGAGAAUAUGUUGAUGAAAACAUUGACAAAAUAUGAAGUAGAGUAUAUAUGAAAUACAGGAAAAUGUGAUAUGUAGAUAAACAAAAAAGUUAUGACUGAGGUCUCAGACAUUUCAAAUCAAGUUUCCUAAUGAGUUUAACACUACAGUGUUGUUAGAGAAGUAUCAUACAUCACACAAGUGUAUAAUAGUGAGAUAAACUUUAUAUUAAAUUCAGAAUAAAAAAGUUUAAGUGGA